AUGGCGGUGGCCAUGGCUGCUCCUUCGCCAUUUCUUGGUCGCAUCCCAUCGCAGUUAGGAAAACCAUCAUGUGGACAGUGGAUUCAAAAUUUGGUUCGCCCUUAUAGAACAAAAGCGCUCUUUUGGGAACCUAGGAAGGCUGUGGAGCCUCCUGAAAUGGAUCUCUUAUUGAGGGAUUUCACAUUGACAGAGUCAGGCUCCAAGGGAGACUUAGCAAACCCAGCAAAAGCUAAACAGAUAUCAGUUUCUGUGGUUUCCUCAAUCUCAGAGAUUUCGUCAAAUGACUGGGAUGCAUGCUGCCUAGAUGCCACAGGUCCCGAACAGUUUAAUCCAUUUCUUAGCCAUGGUUUUCUUUCAAGCUUAGAGGAGUCAGGUUGCACAGUGAAGGAAACAGGAUGGGUCCCACAGCACAUCAUUGCUCAGGAUGAAUGUGAAACUAUAUUAGGUGUUGUGCCACUCUAUCUCAAAAGCCAUUCUUAUGGUGAAUAUGUUUUCGAUCAUUCUUGGGCGGAUGCCUAUUACAGUUAUGGUUCAAGAUAUUAUCCAAAAUUACAAUGCUGUGUGCCUUUUACUCCAGUAACUGGUCAGAGGAUUUUACUCCGUGACACUGAAUAUAAAGAUCAGAUCUUUGACAUUUUGGUCUCUGCAAUGAAGGAUCUAACAGCUAAGGAAAGUGGUUGUGGAGGUUUUAGGAGGAAGACCACAGUAUAUGGUAAAGAAUGCCAGAUGGAAGAUGUUGUAGCAUUGGGGUUGGAUGUCGAAUGA